AUGGGACCUGUUCGCAUAGGCUGUUACAGCGCUUUUUGGGGUGAUUCAACCUCUGGAGCAGAACAACUAGUUAAAAAGGAAGGUUCAAAUUUAAAUUAUUUGAUUGCUGAUUAUUUAGCCGAAGUUACUAUGGGGAUCUUGGCUAGACGUCGUAAUCAGUCACUUUCAAAAGGAUUAGGUGGUGCUGGCGAGGGUGGAUAUAUUGCUGAAUUUAUUGCAUAUGUUCUCAAACCACUUUUGCCUGAUCUAAUGAAAAAUAAUAUAAAGAUCAUUACAAAUGCUGGAGGAUUGGAUCCAUUGGCAUGUAAGAACGCAAUAGAGAAAUUGUUGAAAGAAGAGUUUGGCAUUGAGGAUAAUGAGAAGGUGCGAGUAGCGGCUAUUACCGGUGAUGAUAUUUUAACACAAUAUAAAAAAAAUAUAAUAGAAAGAGGAGAAGUAAAAAGGUUCACACAUAUUGCUGGUAAUGAUAAAGAUGCAGACUUUUACCCUGACGAUAAAAAAGAGGUUAUAUCUCUUAACGCAUACCUUGGUGCUAUUCCAAUUGCUAAGGCACUUGAUUUGGGUGCAACGAUUGUUAUAACAGGUCGAUGUGUUGAUAGUGCACUGGCGGUUGGAGCUUUAAUACAUGAAUUUAGAUGGGACACCAACACAGAAUGGGAUAAGCUUGCAUCUGGGUCAUUAGCUGGACAUAUUAUAGAAUGUGGAUGUCAAGCAACCGGUGGAAAUUUUACUGAUUGGGAACAAAGUGCGUUUUCGACUAACCGUGGAUGGAUAAAUAUUGGGUAUCCGAUAGUUGAAUGCUAUGAGAAUGGUGAAUUUGUAGUAACAAAACCUAAAGAAACUGGUGGACUUGUGACAACAGCUACAGUUGGUGAACAGAUGCUUUAUGAAAUUUUAGAUCCGGGUGCGUAUAUUUUACCGGAUGUGGUUUUGGAUCUAAGGAACGUGGAAUUGAAACAAGUUGGUACUGACAGGGUGUUGGUGACUGGUGCUAAAGGAAGACCACCGACAGAAGAUUUAAAAGUUUCGGGAGUUUACGUCGAUGGUUAUAAAAUGAAUGGAAUGUUGGCAAAAGCUGUUGGUCAUGCGAUAAUAUCUAAAACAAGAAAUCUAUUGAUUAAAGCCAAAUUGGAUGAUUUCCGCAACUUUAAUGUUGAAGUAUUAGGAGCUGAACAUACUUAUGGUCAUAAUGCAAGAACCCGUAAUACACGUGAGGUUGUAUUGAAUAUAACAGUUCAUCAUGAUAACCCAAAAGCAUUGAAAAUAUUUGGAAUGGAGCUUGCACCUGCUGCCACUUGUGUCGGAUCUGGACGUCCACAUCCUUCGCCGUGUCUUGUUCAUUUUUCAUGUCUUAUUUCAAAGAAUUCCGUUCCAGCAUACAUUAUUAUUGGCAGCAACAAUAAUAAUCCAACCAAAACAACUAUUUUAUUCAACGCUCCUACCAACAAUCAAAGUGUUAUACCACCACCACAGCCAUCAUCGUCAUCGUCAGAAAUUGAUGAUGGUAAUAGUGAUAACAAUAAUAAAUUGGUUAAAGUUCCAUUAAUAAAGUUGGCAUGGGGAAGAAGUGGUGAUAAAGGUGAUACCUGUAAUAUAGGUAUUUUAGCAAGAAAUCCAAAAUUUUAUCCAAUUUUAAAAAAAUCAUUAACAGAACAAGUAGUGAAAGAUUACAUGACACAUAUGUGUAAAGGAAUUGUCAAAAGAUAUGAAUUGCCUGGAUGCCAUGGUUUAAAUUUUGUUUUAACUAAAAGUCUAGGUGGCGGAGGUUUAAGUUCUUUACAAAUUGAUAAACAAGGGAAAACUUUUGCACAAAUGCUUUUAAGUAUUGAAAUUGAUGUACCAAUAAAUUAUUUAUCAAAACUUUAA